AUGUGUGCUCAGCUGACGCUCCCUGUGCCAGCGAGGUUCCACGACUUUGAGAAGGAUCUCCCAUCCCUGGAAGGCAAGAUCGUCUGUGUGACGGGCUGCACCACUGGAACUGGCUUCAUUGCUGCCAGGACAGCUGCCAAGAAAGGAGCCCAUGUGGUCAUGCUGAAUCGCCAGAGCGCACGAGCUGAGGCAGCCGAGAAGUCUCUGUUGGAAGUCGCACCAG